AUGUCUAAAGGAGGAGGUGACUUGUUUGAUAUGGCCAGAGACGGCACAACCGUGCCAGAGGAUGCUGCUAAGCCCAGGAUGAUUCCUUCGGUGCCUCGACCAGACCAGAUUGCCUCGGAUCCCGAUCCAAACUCACUAGGAGGCACCAAUCUAGCCGAUGCAGCAGAAAAUGCUCAGGAUAUCCCACGGUCUACUACGGAUCGAGCUGGGCAGGACAUUUUGACCGGGACUGGAGACACGCUGCCGGCGCAGACGGACUCAAAGCGUCUACACGCCGUGCCUGGUGGAGUUGUGAAUGAUCCUAACGCCAAAGGCUCGAAAAGAUAUGAAAAGCAUAUCCGUCAGAAAGAGUCUGAAUUGGAUUAUGGGGCUAGCGAAGGUCCUGGAGUGGAUAAGGCACCAGGCGAUGAAGAGUUGGGAGAUGAGGAAGCCAUGGAUAAGGUGGACAGGAAGGUCGAGCCAUGA